CGAAGCGUUUCGCAGAAAUGCAGACGGCGUUUGGUUGUGCAAACCUUGCGAUCGAAUGUACGCAAUGCGAAGGCGGAGAAGGUGGCAAUUGGACACAAACAACAGAGCAGAGCAGUUGGCUGACGCAAAGGCUCUAUGUCGUGCAUCUGCGUCGAUGUCGACAACAAACGCACGCGGCAGAAGCACCAGCACCAACAGACCAACAGCAUUUUCUCAAUCUUCCCACUCGGCGCACCACUUCAGGAAGCCCUAGCUACUACUAGCCACCCUCUCUCAGAACUACCCAGCCACCCAAGACGUUCACGAUGUAUGGCUUCAUGCACCAGGCCCUGAAAUCAUGGCUGCUGUCCAUGGACAACGGUGAGUACCUUCUCCAAGAAGUGUACGAGGAACUCAACCUGGACACGGCACCAGACGACUUCUUCCGCUACUACUCCGACGCGCAGACCAUGAAGUUUCUCGAGUUGGUCGCAAAGGCGGCCGACACGUCUGUGGACAGGUGCAUGUACGAGGCCGGCAAGGUGUCCAUGGGGACCUUCACACGCAACGGAUACGAGCCUGUGCUGCGCACGCUGGGCAAGGACUUUUACACCAUGCUCACCAACCUGGACAGCCUGCACGACAACUUCCUUGCCGCGUUCCCGGAGAUGAAGGUGCCCUCAUUACGGCCCGAGCGCCUGUCCCACGACUCCAUGUCCAUUCAUUACUACAGCCAGCACCACGGCCUUGCUCCCUUUAUGAUGGGCGCCCUGGAGUGCGCUGCAAAGAUGCUAUAUGAUCUGGACAUUGACAUCCACCACCGCCUCAAGCGCGGCAAGGACAGCAACCACGACGUCUUUCACGUCUUUGUGGAUCCAAGGGCGUUUCCCGACGACAUGCUUUCGACAGCGGAGAGCACGAAGAAGAUGUCGACAAUGCAGCUGAACCGUGACAUGACCAGCAAGCUCUUUCCCUGGCACUUUGCCGUCAACCGAAGCAUGGAGAUUGUGUCGCUCGGGAAGCAUCUCGCCACGCGCAUGAAGGCAGACUCGAUGGGCAUGCACGCGAAGAACCUGUUCCACAUUGUGCGGCCUGUCGAUGUCAAGUGGGAGUUCAACGACAUCAAGGCGCGAGCGGACAAGCCGUUUCUGGUUGCCACCAACGCCAAGCGCAUGCUGACACCAGAGGAGCUCGCACAGGCGCAGGCUGAUUGCCACCUCCACGGCGGUGACGAUGAGGAUGGCGGUGACAACGUUGACGGCAAUUCGUCCCUGCGCAAGGCCAGCUCGGAGAGCGAGACGCAAGACAGCGCAGUUGAGCUUGGUGGCGAGGCAAGGGAAGGUGCAAGUGAUGCGGGCGGGCAGCGCAGACGGCGGCAGGCGGAGAACGGUGCGCUGAACGAGAGUCAACAGCACGAGCAGCACGACGAGCAGCAGGAGCAGUGGCAACGCUGGCAGGAUCAGCGCCACCGCAGCGCCGACGACAGCGCACUUGGCGACCAGCUCGACCACGCUAAACGGGCAUCACACCCUCAAAGCCGCGGCCGGUCUGGAAAGCGACAGCACAGACAGCAACACCAUCAGCACGCGCACCUUCAGGAACAUGGCCUGCGGCGACAACCGCGCUCCGCCAUGCAGUUACAAGACUCCAUGCAAUCGAUGUGGGACGAAGGGCACGCCGCAACCAGCCACGUCGGCAGUAGCCUCGGAAACGCUCAUCAUCAUCAACAACAACAGCAGCACCGCCACCACCGCCGCCAUCACCACCGGCAUUUGGACACGAAGCAGCGGUCUAACCAUUCGCUGCGCCGCAGCCACGAUGCCGUCACGCGCGAGGUUGCGGAGCUGACUCGCGCCAUGUCAGGCAGCCGUCUCUCUGCCACCGCGUGCCCCAUGGGAGCAUUCGCUGGCGCUGUUGGGGACCGAAGCGAUGCGUCGUCAACGUCCAUGGUGGGGUCUGGCCGCAGCAGCGUGGAUCUGCUGGAGAUGAAGGCGCGGCGGCUGCGCAGCACAGACACGAUCAAGCUGCACGGCGAGAUUGUGUACGACGAGGAGCAAGACGUGCUCGUGUUCGUCGGCAACCCGCUGGUGCAGUCCCUGGAGGAGAUGGAGGAGCAGGCCAUUGACCUGUCGGACAUGCCCGUGCACUGCCACGGCAGGGAGGUGCUGUAUGGGUCCAUGUACCAGACGGUGUCUGCCACCAAUUCAAAUCAGAUUGAGGCCAAGCUAAUGGAGCUUGAUCGCUCACUCGCAGAAGUCCACUCCAAAAAAGAGCAGAUUGACAAGCUGCUGCACAGCAUCCUUCCACAGUCUGUUGCCACUCCACUGGCCAAUGGCGUCAUCCCUCCGCCAAAGUCCUUUGACUGCGUGACUGUAUUGUUCUGCGACAUUGUUGGCUUCACCAACAUCUCCGCGGAGAUUCCCUCGCUUGAGGUGAUGGACAUGCUACAUCAUCUGUUCUCCAAGUUUGACCAGCUCUCUGACGAGCACGGCUGCUACAAGGUGGAGACGAUUGGCGACGCGUACAUGGUCGCCGCCGGCUGCCCGGAGCCGUGCGAGGACCACGCGCUGCGCAUUGCGCGUCUGGCGCUUGCGCUUAUCCGCGCUGCGCAGACGGUUGUCUCGCCCAUGGAUGGCGAGCCGAUUCGCCUGCGUGUUGGCCUGCACUCUGGCCCGCUCAUCACGGGUGUGGUCGGCACCACGCGUCCGCGCUACUGCCUCUAUGGUGACACCGUCAACGUCGCCUCGCGCAUGGAGAGCAACGGUAUUCCCGGAUGCAUUCAGGCGACGUAUCGGUUUCUGCGGUGUCUACCUGAGCACCACGGGCUGAUUGUUGCGUCGCGCGGUACGAUCAACGUCAAGGGCAAAGGCCCAAUGAAGACGUUCCUGGUGCUUGGGGAGCAAGGGUCACUGGAGCCACCUCUGGUGCCGGAGGGCGAUGACGAAAGCAACAACGUGAGCGAGGAAGUGAAGCAAGCGGCCAUGUUGAGCAUGCUGCAGACGCGCUACGCACGACGAGGCAGCUCGCAGCUUGUGCCACAGCAGGUGUCUGCCUACCUCCAACACAGCAGCCCAGGAUGUGGUUGAUAGUGAUAUGGUGGAAGUAGUGAAAGGGGCGUGAGGGGCGGGGGUGGUGACUGAAGAAGGAAGGGAAUGAGUGUGUGAGUGUGGGGUGCAACAUAUUGCCUUUCUCUCGGUUUGGAUGCUUUGGCUUGCUUCGAUAUAUGUAUGUUCUUUACUUCUUGCGCAUCUCCCCUGUACCAUCAAAAGUAGACCAGCGUUGUUCACUAUCACGAGACUGCGAGCGGAGAGGGGCGA